UCCAAAUCUGUCGGCCACCAGCAAAAACUCGGCCCGAGAAAAAAUGGCUUCGGAGCUAUCACAAUCAAACAGCUAACCUUCGGCUUCUAAGCCUCACAAAGAACUGAAGCAGCCUUUUGCCUUCGUUUCGAUGGCGAAUUCUAAACCCUAGACACUAAAAAUCAAUCGGAAAUGAAGUUUUCUAGAAAAUGUCAUUCAGAACAACCAUCAAACACCUUCAAUGCAACCGACAGACCUUCGUAAAAUCAUUCUCUUUUGCUCGCUUCAACUCCUCCUCCCCCGCCGUUCACCCACCACGCCAUCCUUCCAUUUCCCUUCGAUUAGAAAAUCUUCCCCAUCUUCACGAUGAAGAUCCCUACUCUCACCUCAAAGAAGACCCAAUCGAAAUCUGCUCCUCUAUUUGGGUGAAAGCCUUCGCUUCCCUUCCCAACAGUUCAUUCUCGGAUCUAUCGUACUUUCUUUCCAAAUUCGAUUUAUGGGUAUUGGCGUAUCAGCGUUCCUGUGCGGAUUUGGCCGGAAGUUUCCCUCCUCGCCACGCCAUUCAUUCUCACGUUCUACGCGACCUUCUUUCUCUUCGCAAUGCUGUGAUCAACGGGAAAUUUUCGUGGAACAGGAAGGCUAAUCAGUUAAUUCGAAGCCCAAAUGAUAAGUCUCGGGCCCAUCUUAUUUCCAAGCGUAAGCUUCGAGCUAUGCUUGAGUCUGAUGAGCCUUGCUUUCAGGACAGGAUCGUUCAGGAAGUGUUGUUGAAUGUGUUAGAGCCUGUUUUUGAAGCUCGGUUCUCGUUGAAAUCGCACGCGUUUCGCCCUGGCCGGAAUGCUCAUUCUUUCAUUCGAGCCAUCAGAAGUAACUUUGCUGGGUACCUCUGGUUCUUAAAAGCGGAUUUGAGUGAAGUUCUUAGUCAUAUUGAUGAAAAUGUGGUGAUGGGUUCCUUAGAGAAGGCUGUUAAGGAUAAAAAAAUUUUGCGUUUGGUCAAGUCUGCACUUCAAUCACCGAGGAAGACAAGGCCACGAGUUGAAGAUAAUGAGGAGAUGAAGAAGAAGAAGAAAAACAAAGGGGCUAUGAAGAAGAAGAAGAUUCUCAACGAGAAUGAACCCAAACCUGACCCAUAUUGGCUAAGAACAUUCUUCAAUUUCGCACCAGAAGAAGCUGCCAAGGUACCUUCUUAUGGACACUGUGGAAUUUUGAGUCCUUUACUUGCUAAUAUAUGUCUUCAUGAAUUGGAUCUUCUAAUGGAAGAUAAGAUAGUUGAGUAUUUUAGGCCUUCCAAGCUUGAUUCAAUCUGGAGAGAUUCCAUUAAUGAUGGCUGUCAUAACCCAGCUUGGCCGGAAUUCGUUCCAGCUAGUGGCAAGGAAAAAACUAGAAAGAUGGAUUAUAUACGAUAUGGAGGGCAUUUCUUGGUGGGCAUUAGAGGGCCUAGAGAGGAUGCAGUCAGAAUUAGAAAGGAAAUAAUUGAGCUCUGUGAGAAUAUAUUUGGGAUAAGGUUGGAUAAUUCAAAGAUAGAGAUUGAACAUAUUAGCAGAGGAAUUCUAUUCUUAGAUCAUAUAAUUUGCCGUAGAAUAAUACACCCUACUCUUAGAUAUACAUCCUCUGGUGGUACUAUUGUGAGCCAAAAGUGUGUUGGAACUUUGCUUUCUGUUACUGCUAGCUUACCGGAAUGUAUACGCAAAUUCAGGCGGGUUGACCUCGUUAAGGGAGAUAGAGAUCCCGAACCUCUGCCUUGCAAUCCAAUGCUGUAUUCAAGUCAAGCUCAUACAAAUUCACAGAUGAAUAAAUUCCUUGAGACCAUGGCUGAUUGGUAUCGAUAUGCUGAUAACAGAAAGAAAAUUGUUGGGUUUUGUGCAUAUGUUAUUCGUAGCUCAUUAGCUAAACUCUACGCUGCUAGGUAUCGACUAAAAUCUCGAGCCAAAGUAUAUAGGAUUGCAUCGCGGAAUUUAAGCCGUCCGUUGAUAGAGAGUAGUAAUAAUUCAGCACCCGAGUAUUCUGAUCUUCUGAGAAUGGGACUUGUAGAUGCAAUUGAAGGUGUGCAGUUCUCCCGCAUGUCUAUGAUUCCCUCUUGUGAUUACACUCCCCUCCCUCGGAACUGGGUCCCAUAUCAUGAGAACAUAUUGCGAGAGUACAUAAAGUUGCAAAAUCCAGGGUUAUACUCUGAAUUGCAUAGCGUAGUCAAGAGACAAGGGUUGAGUUUGCCUCAAGAGGAGAUAUCUGAAAUUGUGUGGAGCUACAAAAUCCUUGGUUCCUGGCACUUUAAGACUAAUGUAGGAAAUGAAAUGGAAGGCGGUUGAAGAAAAAAUGGGAAGCGUGUUGUUAAGUUUGCCAUGUAAUACGAACUGAAUUGAACGACGGGUUACUUCCAGAGUUGGUUCGUCGACUGAGUUUGGCACACGUUUCUGGACAGAUCAUAUUGAUUUGUUUCCAACCAAGAGAAUAAUUACAUUGAUAACGAAAUUACAGAGAGGGAAAUCAAGAGACAACAUCACACAAUAACAAGGGAAGAGAGAUAAAUGCCUCUACGCUUUGUGGAAUAAGGUACUGCCUGAAACCACCAUAGUAUGGAACUUUUGGUGCAUAUUCUAUUUAAUUCUUUACCACAUGUCUUGGUGUUGGAAGUUAUUCAAUUUUGCCUUGACAUGGACAGAAAUCCAAGCCAGAAAACCGUAGGAAGUGCUUCUGAUUUUUCAGUUUCUAUCAGUUGAUUGUAAAGAGAAAAACAUAAUUCGUAUGAUUGGAUACACUUCUUAGGAACCAAUUAUAAGAGAAACAAAGAAAACUAUAUUGCAUUAUCAAAGAGUAAUUAUCAUGCAA